GCGUGAUCAGUGUAGAACAUUACAUACAUACAAUCCAUAUUACAAAAGUUAUUUUCUUUGGUUAAGUCAAAACUUUACUGUUCAAGGUACAUAAUAAUAACCACCCGCCGAUAUUCGCUUAAAAUGUAACAUCAAAAGUAGUUUCAGAGAGCUCUAUAAGUUUUUUUCGCAGUCUACAAAGUCAAAAAUACGUUAUUUAUUUCUUACUUUGAUAUUGGGUUUAUACUGUAUUUAGUAUUAAAACAGUAAAUUUGUCGAAGUAACCUCGACUUAACACACCCAUGCGAGGACAUUCAAGGUUGUUUGUUUUUUAAAUUUGUAAGUCUUGGGUAGGUAGGUACCUCUUGACAAUCAUCAGUGUGACCCUUUUCCGUCAAAUAACACCUUCGAGUUGUUUAUUUUUACGAACAGUUUCAUCAUUUGGCACAUGUCUAACACUAAAAUAAUAUCUACUUAUAAUUUAUCCAUAUAACUUUCUUGUAAAUGAUAAAACAGCAAUCAAUUUUGUCGUGUUUCUUCUUCAAAUUAGUAUUUAAAUAGACAUCAUUAUCAUCAUUUGUUGAAUGCUGUGAAACGAUAAUUAUGAGAUUCUUUUAAGUAGUAGUUAUUAUGUAUUUUAAUUUAUUUGGUACAUACAAACAGGUAAAUACUCAUAUUUAUUGCUCCUUUAAAAAAACAUUGACCUUGUUAGAUGCGUUUAGUAAUACCAUAAUAAACAAUGAUCUUGAUCAAGAUGCGACCUUGUCUUUUCGUAACUUUGCAAUACACCUACAAAACAGGUUUUCUGUAGCUUUAUGUAUUAUGUAUCAAUAUAGUAAACGCAAAUAGUGACGUAGUCACUUCUCGCUUCUACGAAACUCGUAGUAAGUAGUUAACGUUUUAGUGUCUUGCCAUUCUGACUCUCAUUAUCGUUAGCACCAGUCGGACAAUCUUUUCGUAAAUAAUAAACAUAAGAGCGGCUGUCAUGAUGGUUUGCAAUAAUUUAGCCUCUAACCCACGGAACGCUAAUAAGGGUUGCGAUUUCACAUCUCUAAAUAGGGGUUUUAAACUAGUGCCAGCACGAAGUUUUGAUUGUACCAAUUGUAAUGGAUAAGUUAAAGUUGUGGCCACUGCUUUUGCCACAGCUCCGACAAGAAAUGCAGAGAAAGUAUCAAACAUGCCUCUAGCAAUUAGUUGCCUCUUUAACGAUUCGUAAACCAUAAACUGAAUAGCUGGAUUAGAGACAAGUAAUAAAGAGGGUACUGUACCAGACCACAGACCUUUAGCUCCUUCCUUUUUAUAGAGAUCUAUUAGCCCUUCAGUAAGGCUGUUGUAGGUUGAAGUUUGUAACUUCAUUCUAGUGUUGACAACCCACAAAGGGGAAGUUAAAAGUACGUUUAUACUACCAGCGAUUAAACCGAACAUCAAGUCUUUCAAGGCAGAAGUUUCUUUCGUUGACACUCUACGUAAGCCAUGAAAUGUAUAGAAGUAUACAAAAUUGGAUACUGAUAGAGACUGCAAGACAGGUGCCAAUCCCCGAUAUAAGGAAUCUAGCCCCUCUUCGCUCGCUAAUUUGAAUAGCAGCUCCAAUGAGGAACCUUGUAGUUUCUUAGAAUCUUCAACUUGUAUUCUCGAUCGUAACGUAUCUAAUGGGUAGAAAACGGCCAUGCCAACAACACUGCCCGUUGCUCCUGCUAUUGCAUGCACAAGAGUUUCAUAACUAAAUAACGAAGGUGCCAUUUUUACUUAAUAAAAACAGCAAACCACUUCAAAUAAAAUUUACAUCAAUCGAGAAUCAUCGCACUUUGACCCUGCCCCCGUUAUAUUUCCUUGAAUAAAUAUAAUUUUGUAAUAAUUUUGUUACACGACUACCUCAAUCUACGAAACACAUCGUGCUACUGACUGAUUAAUAGUGAUUGGUCAUUCAUAUCAGACUUCAGAGUCAUAGAUAUACUGUAUCAAAC